UGCAUUCCCUUAUUUGAAAUGCUUUAAGGUAAAUAAAAUAUAUAGAUGAAGUGGAAUGCAGCUUUCCAUAUUGGAAAGUGGCGCCUUUCAUCCGCCAAUGAGGUGGUGAGGGCGGCGUGUGUGUAUCAUGACGUCACGCCAGCGGUCACGGCCCACGGGACAAGCACUCAGCUGUCAGGAAGCAGCAGAGCAAGGAAUGGACGUCAGCUGCUGGCUGAGGCUGCUGGACCACUUGUCACCACUCCCUUCCCUUUACUUUGACGCUCAGUUGGUGGCCCAAAGGAGGAAGAUGGAAGCAUGGACAGUUAACCAUCGUCAACUGUCGUAUAGAAGUUCUGGAUGUGGACAGCAGCACAGUGUCAUCCAUCAGGACUAACACAUGGAGACGGGCAAGGCAUCCAUCAGCGCCACAGUUUUGCUUGAUAAGAGUUAUUAAAUCAUUAACAAAAAUAACAAACAGUAAGCAAGAUGAGGAGCAGCCCUGACGUACACCAGUCGAGGCAGUGACAAUUGCUACACCAACUAGCUAUACAUUGUGUUAACUUGUACACAGUGACUAUAGCGAGCAACAUUACCAUCCCACAACCCAGUCUCUUCAAAAUACAAAAUAAUUUGUUUCUUGGUAAGUUAUCCUAUGCGCGGGUAAAAUAUACAAAGUAAUAAAAAGCUGAAAUUUGUUCCGUGUAGCAACAUCUGUCAACAAACGCAGUGCGACAAUGUGUUCAAGGCAUCCUGUGCCCACCACCUGGCUCCCUGCCUGCUGUCUGUCAGCCUUGAACCAAUGGCUUAGUCUGUUGCAAAGCACCAUGCCACACAACUUGGUCAUGCUGUUGAUUACUGUGAGGUUGGGUUAGGUUAGGUCGAUUACUGUUAUGCCUCCAUCAUUGUUAGCCAAAGCACGGGAACCUCGCUCAGAAGUGGUGAAGAGUUUGGCAGUCACCCAUGGCCUGGGAUAUGUUGCAGAUAUAAAAAUCUUGUUAAAUAACAUUGUUAUACAUAUGAGCCAUGUCACACACAGAAAGAUGAUUGAACAACCCGUUAAAUAACAUUGUUAUACAUAUGAGCCAUGUCACACACAGAAAGAUGAUUGAACAACCCUGGCAGCACACCACACCCUUGCUAAUGUCAAUGAAAUGGUCUCAUGGUACACAAAACUCAAGGUAAAAAUGUGUCCCAGUACUGAAGGGUUUAAAUAGUGAAGACUGGCCAUGGCAUUAAUCUUGUAUCCUCUAUAGGCCUUUCUUAAUGUCAAUAAAAUGGUCUAAUGGUAAACAAAUCUCUAGGUAGAAGUGUGUCCUAGUACUGAAGGGGUUAAAAUAGUGGUAGUGGUGAUGGUGUCAAUAAAAUGGUUUAAUGGUACAAAAAUCUCAAGGCAAAAAUGUGUCCCAGUACUGAAGGGGUUCAAGAGUUGGUGGUGGUGGUGGUGGGGGUGUACUUGUGUUCCCUUGAAUUAAUGUACACAAUACUUGUCAGUGUAUGCGUGGCCAACUUAUAAAUUGUCAGACUUGUGCAAUGUCACCUUUGUUAGACGUGAUUCUCUCUCUCUCUCUCUCUCUCUCUCUCUCUCUCUCUCUCUCUCUCUCUC